AUGCAUUUCCUUGAAGAUUCAGAUAAAUUAUGGAAGAUACAUUGCCAACGCGAUUUCCGAGGCAAGGAAACUGAUGAAUUGGAAUCCUGGCGUGAACUCUACUUGAGAUUAUUUGAUGAAAGAGAAGCUAGAUUAAAAGCUGUUCGAGCUAAUAUCACUGCUUCCAUGUCGAAGGCUACUCCUGAGAGAACAGUAAAAAUGGCAUUUGUAGAAGACCCUGCUAAGCCUCCACGUGACGUCCGUCGGCGCCAACUGAAGUUUGGUACUGGUACAAUUACCAAAGAAGCUCUGGGGCCUUAUCGGACUUACAAACCAGUCAGCAAUCAAACUCCCACAUCUGCUCCCUCACGGUCAUCUGUUAGUUCAUCAGGCUCGGGACGGAUCCAAGUCUCCCAGCAGCAUCGAACUACCAAAGUUGUUGCUCCAAUGAUGAUGAAAACCAUGAAAAUGUUGAAACGAAUGCAGAGACGGUGA